CAUUUUUUUAUUUAUUAUAAAUUAAAGUUGAAAGUGGAUUGAUUCUAUCACCCACCAGGCCACCACCAGCACCAUCAAAGAGAGAGAGACGGCAGCUUUAAUUUCGCGCAUUCUUAGCUUUUUUCGCCGAAAUAUAAAUCCGAUUUCAAGUCCUUGAUUCUCUCUCGCUCUUUCCGAUUUUCCGGAUUAUGUCAGGUUCUCUUCUCGCUUCACAACAUACUCCAUCGAUCUUUUCUCUCUCUUUCUCUGUCUCCACUUCUCUCCAGCUCCCCCUCCAGGUGAUGGUGAUUGUUUAACCGACAUAAAAAAGAGGCCUCCGGCACUUGAACCGGAGAGAGAGGGUACUGGUUCGCGGAGGCAAUUCAACUUCUGCGAGCUUAGAGUCCUCUCUCAUUCUCUAUUUAUUUAUUCAAGGCAUUACUUCUUGAUGCUUAUGCGCUGUGGCAUUGGGUUUUGCUGGUGAGUUUUGGGAAUUAUUGCGGAGGGCUUUCAGUAAAAGAAAGGGAUUGGAACUGACGUAAUGGGUUCUGUUUGUUGCUGUUUGCAUGCCGAGGAUUUUGAGGAUUAUAUGAAUCCUAACAGCUCUGCAUAUAGAAACUGCAUGUGUCUCAGUUGCUUUUUGCAGAAUUUUCUACACUUGUAUUCCUCACUGUUUCGAAGAGGGGAAGUGCAUUCGGUCCCCUCAUCCAUUCAGGGGGCAGCUUCUAUGACUUCUUCUUCAUCACUUGAUAACUCUCUCUCUGACAUGUAUCGUUCUCCUCCAAGGCCCUUGCCUUAUGAUGCCGAUCCCAGAUACUUCCGCUUGCAGCGUGAUGGUCUGGUUUCAAGACGUGAGAAAGGCUCAAGUCACGCACAUGAGGAAUCAGAACCAUUAAGAAGUGAUAAUGAUGGUGAUUCUGAUUCCUUGAGUACAGGGGACAAAUGGACAGCAUCUGCUUGCGAAGAAGGAUCCAAAGAACAGCGUGCUAGAUCCUCACUAAAGCUCUCAUCAGCAAAAGCGACUGUCGGAAUUGGAUAUAUUUAUUCAUCUUCAGAAGAUGAGGAUGUCUGUCCAACAUGUCUUGAAGAAUAUACACCAGAGAAUCCCAAGAUAGUGACAAAAUGCUCUCACCAUUUCCACCUAGGUUGUAUUUAUGAGUGGAUGGAAAGAAGUGACAGCUGUCCAGUCUGUGGCAAGGCAAUGGUAUUCGAUGAAACGACUUGAUCUUGAUCAUAGGUUUUUUUGUCGUGGAUGAAACCAGCCACAACAGGAGAAGAAAGAAAACCGAAAAGGAGACGUGUAGAGUUUUUUUGUGAAUAUUUCAGGUUAAAGUGUUUGUUAUCUAUGGUAAAUAUAAAGAAAUUGUAAUGAUAACAAUUGUUCCAAAAUACGUCUCUUCAAAACACCCGUUAAAAUUUCUUUUUGCCCAUAUGAAUGAAAAUCUGCUUAUAAUUCAUCAAAA